AUGCACGCGUUCUUUGAAAUAUGGCACUGUAUAUGGGCUUUACUUGGAUGCUCAUUCAAUUUAAUGCUCAUUUACAUGGCUAUCUAUAAAUCACCGAAGACAAUUCGUUCGUAUGCAACUUUGAUUAUCAAUUUUGCUGUUACCGACUUUUUCGAGUGUGCUUUGGAUUUGUUCAUCCAAAUUCGACUUAUGCCUGCACCUGGAGAUGUAACAGUAAUUUAUAUUCUCAAUGGAUCAUGCAAAUAUAUCAGCCAGUUUGCAUGCAAGAUUGGAUUAAGCUUAUUCCUUCCGUGUAUCACACAUUCCGUUUGGUCCUUGCUUUUAUCAUUUGGAUAUCGUUACUAUAUUCUUCAUUAUUCUGCACUGACACGACUAAAAUUGGUUAAAAUCGUUUUGCUCAUUCUGAUACCGUCACUAUUCCAAGGACUCACCUUUUGGACAUCAUUUGCCCCAUUGGAAAUAAUUCUUCCACUUGCUAAAAAAUGGUUCCCACAAUACAACUUUGAAGCUGAAACUGGUGUGUUGACUGGAAUUGUAGACAUAACUCAUUGGGCAGCCACCUAUGCAGUUUUCAAUAUUUGUCUGCCAAUAUUUCCAAUUUACAUUGCAAUAUUCAUACUCCGCCAGAAGAUUAUCACAUUUUUGGGGGCCAAGACACAGAGUAUGUCACCAGAUACAAAAGCUGCUCACUCUCAACUACUAAAAGCACUUACAAUUCAAGCGUUUAUUCCUAUUUUUAUGGGAAUUGGAGUCAUAUUUUAUCUUAUUGCUCAAUCUGGAUUAAUAGUCUCACCAAUUGUCGAAAAUGCAAUCUUCUCCAUUGCAAUUCUAAUGCCCGCACUAUCUCCGUUAACAUAUUUUUAUUUUGUUAGACCAUAUCGACAAUUUUUGAAGAGAAUAUUCAAAAAUCCAUUCAAAGUGUCAGCAGCAUACGUUCAACGUACGGGUUCAAGCAGUGCAAUGUUUCAAUCGGGAGGACAUCCAUCACAAAUUGGAACCCAGGCAACAACAGUUCUUUAA